AUGGUAGCUUGUUCUGAAAAUUCUUUAGGAAAUAUCAUGUGGUGGGGUCUUACUCCCGCCUUGAAUCUUGCGAAGUGUUUCGAUAGUUUUUGUUUCGGGGAUUAUUUUGAUAAUACUAACAUACUUUGCGUAGGAAUGGGUGAUACAAGACACAUCUUGCGAACUUUAUCUUCAAGAUUUUCUGGGAGAACUAAGUUCGAAACGUUUUACCUGAUCGAACCAUUUCACGAAACAUAUGCUCGACAAAUGCUUCAGCUAUAUACAGCUCUUGAGCCUUACAAAAAGAUAGGGCUGAAGGAGAAGGCAGAGAUGUAUCUUGAAAUCUUUGGGAACGUGAUGAUUCGAGAUGUCACAUCGAAAUAUUUGAUCAAUGCUGCAAAUCAUUUGACAAGGUUAGUGACAAAUUUAGGCCCUCUUCCAUCAUUUGAAUUUGUUGAUUUGUCACAUCUGAAAUACAAGGAACGUGAUAUGCUAGAGUCUACACUUAAGUUUUGGCGUUGGAGCGAUGAUACAAAGUUUGAUGCUGACAAGUGUUGGGAUUAUCGUUUACGUAAACAUUUAGGUACUCGUUAUGAUGCUAUACCAAAUGUUUUCGACUGGGACUGUAGCAUAACUUUACACGAUCGAAAGGCUACUCAAAUAAACUCUAAAGAAUAUGCUCAUUGGCGUCAGUAUGGGAUGGCAUUCGAACUUCGAGAAGCCAAUUACAACGUUUCAAAUAGAAGUUUAGCUUCCGGAAGAGUUUUCAGGAAUUCAGCCGGUGAUAAAGGAGUUUACUGGGGGUAUUGGGGUGAUAUAAUCUGCUCACCAUAUUUGGUGUUUGGUAUAGAUACAUCUGAAUGUAGUGAAUUAAAUCGUCUUGUUAAUGGGAAGCAUGCAUACGCGGCAUCAACAAUAUCUGAAGUGAAUAUACGUAAAAUGUUCUGGGAAUUAGAAAAUCAAAAAGCUUGCCCAUUACAUAUAUCCGCUCCAUUUUUGGAUCCAUCAACAACAAAUGAUGAUAUCAGUUUCUCUGACGAAAAAGUUAGUUCACAAAAUGAUCCCACAGUAGAGAAUAACACAGAUAAUAGUAAACAGAAUAUGAGUGUUGAAAAUAGUAAUUCUGAUGACUGCAUAUUCAUGAGGUCAGAAAAAUUAAAAGAAGAAGAAGAAGAAGAAGAGAAAACAUCAACUCAAGCUAAAUCGAAUGAAGAACCAAAACAUACUGAUGAAGAUUCAUUUACAAAACAAUUCGACAAUACAGAAUACGUUCCAUUGGAUAUUGCAAACACCUUCAAAGUUAACUUUCUUCCAUGUAACAGUUUUUUAGACUUACCUAUAAGAUACCGAUCUUUAUUUCUCACAAGUGCUGAUAAUAACUCAUCAUCAUUAAACAAUCGUUUCCGAAUAAUUUACAUCGGUAACAGUUUAAUUCACUUAUUAUCUGAUCUGCAUAAAAGAGAAAGUAAAAAAGACAAUGGAUUACAUUCCAAAUUGAAUAGUAAUCUAGAUGAGAAAGAAUGUAAUGAUAAAUUAGAAGACAAGGAAAUUAAAUCAAAUGAAAGCAUUUUAGAAAAUGAUUUAUUUAAUACUGAUAUAUCGAAUGUUUCAUUCACUGAUCUUUUGGAAGAUGAAGCAUUGCUAAUCGUAGAAUCUAUUUUGUAUAUAGUGGAGGUUAGGUCCGAACAAAUCAAAGCGUAUUGUGAAAAUGUUAAACAAAUGGCUUGUGAUCUUGGUUUCGAGUCUAUUAAAGAAAUAAAACCAAUGGAGGAUCAUCAUUUAUAUUUUCGGUUUAGACGGAAAUUACAAUAA